AUGCCUGCACUAUACAGCUUCUUGAGGACCAGCGAGAUCCGCCUGCUCAGCGUCCAUCGGAAACAUGACGGUUCGCUCGCAGGUACUCUCAAAACACUCUCAAUCGAAGGCAAAAAGUCAAUCUACGAGCGAGAAGAGAAGAAGCUCGACUACUUCGCUGUGUCUUACGUCUGGGGCUCGCGUGAUCACGAUCAGACUAUCGAAGUUGAUGGACAACCGUUGACGAUCACGCUGAAUGCACAUACAGUUCUUAGUCUCUUCUGCGAUUGGCCACAGCAACGAAACAGGGAGGCCCGGAUCUGGAUCGAUGCGGUAUGCAUCAAUCAGGAAGAUGCCUUGGAGAAGAGUAUUCAAGUCCCUUUGAUGGCACAGAUCUAUGGCAGGGCUAAGCGCGCUGUGGUCUGGCUAGGCGAAAGCAGUGUGUCGACUGAUCAAGGCAUGGAGCUGAUGCGGACGUUGGCGAUGGGAACGAAGGGAUAUCCUGUGCCCCAAUCGGUCAUUAAAAGCUCCACAGCCUGGGCAGGCUUCGAAGAGAUCGCUUCGCGGCCAUGGUGGAGGCGUGCUUGGACGCUUCAGGAAAGCGUGAUUCCCAGUGACACGGUGUAUUAUUGCGGCGCGAAGAGCCUGACCGCCGACGAAGUCAGGAGUGCCGUCCUGGUCGUCAGCAGCUACCAGUACACCAAUUCAGAAGAUCAGCUCAGCAAAGCAACAUGGGCGCCGCUCUGGCACCGGCGCCGCAUCUACCAGUGGCUGGGACACCAAGACAUGGACGAUGACUUCGAUGGUUAUGAGCGAAGACGUCCGACUGGUGACCGCAAGCUAGGACAGAUCAGUCUGCCAGCGUUGUUGGCUUAUCAGAGGCACAGUUCCUCCACGAACCCGAAGGACUACCUCUACUCUUUACUGGGGUGCAUCAAAGACAAAGAUAAGCAGCUCAUCGGUCCUCCCGCUUAUGACAGCAGCACAGAAGAGGUCUAUCGCGAGUUCGUCCGGAGCUGGGUCUUGGCUUAUCAGAGCUUGGACAUCAUCGCAUUCACGGAGCUGUUCCCAAGGCCAAUUUCUUCGCAGCAGACGACAGAUCGACUUCCGUCAUGGGUACCUGAUUGGUCUGCCCGGCUUGAGUUUCAGUCCGAAGAGUCGAAUGCUGUGCCUUUACUCGUCAGUCAACCCAACAAACCCGACAUUGGCAGCAUGUUACCACCACGUUUCUUACGUCGCUCAGCUGAAGAAGACUACUACGGCAGCAGAGAGUCCCUACCCGUGUAUGACGCAGCAGGGAACAUGGCCAUGCGCGUCUUCUUCUCCAAAGACUUGACUCGACUCCAAUGCACCGGCAUCAUAAUCGACACCAUUGACGGGAUUAGUGGCACGGCUGGGGAUAAGCCGCAACCAGUAGAGCCCUCCACCUCGCCCACCAAUCUGACUAACAACGGCGCGGCUUUGGAGCACACCGAAGUAGCGACUCACAUCAUCCAGAGUCUCUACUUCGGCAGAGCUGACGUGUACCUCCAAUACGAAGCCGAUGAGAGGGUCUUCGUGGAAGAAGCGGACUAUUGCCUGAGGGAACCUGUACAAGGUCGCGAUGCCGAGUAUGCAGCUUGGAUCAAGCAGAAUUCGGACGUGAGGAUUCGUGGGGUGAGUAUGUACGAUGCUAUCAACUAUCGUGAGGUAGUGCAGAAAGAGAUCUUUGCGCGGACGAAGGCGGAGAAGACUGCGAGGAAGAUCAAUGAGCAGGCAGCUUCUGAGCGAUCCGGUUCAGGCUCGCCGCGACGACGACGUUCGUCGAUCCCAUCGGAUGCCAGCAACGACAGUAAUCAGCGCAACGAACUCGACGAAGACGAAUAUCUACCACCCCGACGACGUAGCUCACCCCGCCGUUCCUUCCAAGCGAGAAGCUCCUCCACCACCAGCUCAUCCAGCACCAAGACCAAAGAAGACGAAGAAUCUACCCGCCACGACUUGAAUCGCAAGUUCCGGACUGCGACACAUCAGCACUGGAUGGCGAGACGACUUGCGGUAACGGAGAAGGGGCAUGUGGGUAUGGUGACGAAGAAUGCGAGGAAGGGUGAUGUUGUGUGUGUGCUGUUUGGAUGCAGUGUGCCGAUGGUACUUAGGAAUAUCGGGAAGGGUGAGUAUGAAGUGGUAGGAGAGUGUUAUUUGGAGGGCUUUAUGGAGGGGCAGGCGUUGAAGGAGGAGAGGUAUGAGGCGGUCGAUCUUACGUUGGUCUGA